CUCCCAGCUGAUAAAAACUAUUGCAAGCUGUCACACCUGAUUCUCUCUCUCCAGCCCUGCAGGUAGAGGAAAAUCUUUAACAAGAUUGGGAAGAAAAGAGGAGACAAUUUCUCUUUACUAUUCUAUGGGAAAACAAGCUGUUGGAUUAUUGUCUGGAAACUGUGCAAAGUGCCAAGAUGAGCAGUGAGAGCCUGGAGAACCCUGGUCCCUCCCCAUUGACUGAAGGCCUGAAGAGAAAGAGGGGAAGACCAAAGAAACAGCCACAGGAUGAUGCUGUGGGCUCACUGCCAGAGAAAAAGCCACGAGGAAGGCCAAAAGGAAGCAAGAAAAUGAGCACUGUAACUGGACAAAUGGUAGAACCUCCUGCUGGGAAGAGGCCCCGAGGAAGGCCCCGCAAGUGGCCUCAGCUGGUGACACAAGGAGCAUCUCAGGAAGGCGGCCCUCAGGGAAGCGGUGACAUGGACGCAAACUCAGCGUCUGCCAUGCAAGGCAUCACUGGAAAAGACGGUUUCAAGCCCAGCAAAGCUGCUGCUGUUCGGAGGUCUCUGAGCAGCAUCGCCGCCGCAGCUCAGUAGUGUGCUGCCUGCUCACGUCCUGCUGGAGCCAGAGGACAGGAAAGCAAGCAGCAUUCUUACUGUCAUAUUUCAAAUUGUUCUCUGCGAUGAUUUUGGCUGCGCUUUUCCCUCUGUUGUCUGCUGGCUUACCCCAAACAUCCAAGCAGACUUAAGGGACAAAACAACAAAUGAUAUCUCAGGGAGAUGCCUUCCUCAGUUUGUAGUACGUUUUUUGAGGAUACUGAACUUUUUUAACAGUGCUACAGUGACACAGUGCCUUGAGCUGCCACAGGUAGUGAUAGUUCAAUAGGGUGAUGGUGUUGUCUCAGUUAUAUACACAUACAGGAGAGGAAAACAAUCUGCAUAGCUGGCCAUUGGACUCACAUCAUACCACCUCUGGUACAUGAUGGUGUAGUCCAGGAAUUAAAUUUUGUUGAUUUGCUCAUAGGGACUGCGUCUGAAAGAUAGAGUUCUCCCCUCACUAUACCACAAAGGAGAAAACAACCAAAAACCAACUUGACGGCAUUUCCAGCUUACCUACAGUUGUUGCUCUAGUGGUCAGCAACUUGGAUGCUUUAGAGGAAAGCUCACACCCCAACACACACCUCAGGGAUUGACUCUGAAAUAUUUCUCCUGGUGCUAGCAGCUCAGGGCCAUCUUCCAUACCUCGCUGCUGCCUCAUGGCACAGCCCCUGGAUUUAUACCAAUUUUCAUGAACAUGUUUACAAAGCUUAGUUACAGCCACUGGAUUUCAUCACUUCCAAGGAGUGUCUGUAGAGAACCAAAGUGACUCAAUGGCUGCUGUUUUGCAGAGCUUCAGGUUACAACUAAAAUUACCGUUGCACCUGCGUGCAUAAUGUGCUCUGUGGGGUCCUCUAGUGUUGCAGCUGUGCAAACAAAAGCUGGCUGCUACCUCUCAGCCAGCAGCACUCACGUCAGCUCAUGCUUCUAGUGUCGAAGAGCAUCUUGCUAUGUUCUGAGGAAUGGGGAUAUUUCCCUUAUCCCCUUGCAAACAGCAAAAUCCUGACGGUAUUUUCUAUCUGGUGGAUUCUCUGCCUGCCUAUUAGAGGAAUAAAUUGGGUAUUUCAAUUAUCUUUGACAGGAUGUAAAAUUGGCUAGCUCUACAGUGUUAAAUAUUUAAACAGAACAUAAUUGGCUUUAAAUUUAUGGCGGCUCAUAGCAGAAACUCAUGAAAUGGCGGUAUGUAUUGAGCUCAUUUAUUAUCCUUUCAUUGUGUCUGUUUCCUUAGCAGGAAUGUAUUUAAUACAAGAAAAUACCUGCAGGCAUAGGAGUUAAGAGGAAGGGCUGACUGGGGAGAGAGAAUAGAAAAAAACACACUUUUUUUCCCUCUCGGUCACUUUGUCCAAUCUGCCCCGUUCAGCAUCAACCAGGGGCCUGACCCGGUGACUGUGCUCUCAGGUUUGCCCUAACAGUAGUUUCUUGUGUAUGCAGUUUGGUGGUUUGGGCAGAAAACCCCAUCAGAGAACUCUUUGUGCCUCCCCUGCUCCACAGCAGGGAAAUCAGGGAUCAGGUGCAUCACAGGGGGUGACCUGAGCCCGCAGGAUGAGGCAGACUGCCUCCUGCUGCCUGCUCACAUCAGCUGGGACAACAUGUGUGAGUCUGUCCCUGCUGACUGCUCCUCUGAGUUCAGGGCAGGAAACUGAUCUUCAGUGGACAUGAAUUCAUCUGCCGUUCAUGUCUGCAUUCAAAGGGCACUCCAGUGAUCAAGAUAUCUUACCAACUUCUUUGCCUGAUUGGUAAUUGAGACAGAUUUAGUAUUUUUCUUUCAAGAAUGUACUGUGUACUUCAUUGAGCCCUAUUACCUGAGAGCAGUAACUGCAACCACGAGGGACUGAAAUCUCAGCUUCUCUAAAUGGAUUUGGUUUGGCAUCUGUAUGACUCGAGCUUUUCCUAUGAAAACCAGGCAAACUUUCCAUAGCUGGUGACGUGGUGCAGGGGUGGAAUCUGCCUCAGCCAGAUAGUAAAUGCUCUGGGAUCAGAUCAGUAGCAUUGCGUUGGGAAUAUAAGUACUCCUUCUCUUGGAAGCAAAACAUACAGCAUUUGCUACCUCUCAGCUGGGAAACCAUGGGAGAAAACAGGAGCCUCUGAAAAUGUAACUGCUUUAGAGCAAGCAGAAUUCCAUGCUCAUUUGGGCUACUCUGCACAUAGUCAAAAUCCCAAUCCAUAACUUCAGCUUCCACUUUUAUGCAGAGACUUGGAAUGAAAGCCUACAAAAGGCAGGCGGAAUUCCAGUCUUCUUCAGAGAAAUAGGGUCUCACCCUGGAUUUUCUUAUUUGAAAUAACCAACACUUUCUUUUUGCCAUAGCUAGUCACAUGGUCAGUGCAGCCAAAUCCAGCCAAAUCCUACCUCUAAGUAAAUGCCUUUCCAGUGUUUCUAAGCUUGGACAGUUUGGGUCUGAAUCGUAAACAGGUCACUGCAGUUGGAUUAGAACAGAGCAGAUGAGAGAUCUGUUAUCCAGCAAAGCUUUAAGACUCUCAUAAAUGGUUCCAGUUUGGACGUAGGCAUAAAAAGAGUUGGCAAUUUGCAAAUGAACCUUGGAGUUUAUUUUUA